AAUUCCGGUCAACUUUUCCAUGGAGCUUGGGCCAAGACGAGCGACAGUGGUGACACAGGGAGCAGACAUGGAUCAACACCUCAGCAGACCAACAUGGAGCAGGCAGAUAGAGUUCACUCUGGCUGGCAUCGGCUGUGCUGUCGGUCUGGGCAACGUCUGGAGGUUCCCCUAUCUCUGCUACAGGAGCGGAGGAGGUGCCUUUCUGGUACCGUACCUGCUCAUGCUGGUGGUGUUGGGGAUCCCUCUGCUCCACAUGGAGCUGACUGUGGGUCAGUACAUGAGGAGAGGGCCCGUCCACGCUCUGGCUAAUGCCUGCCCUCUGUUAAAAGGAGUGGGCAUGGCAUCAGUGGCAAUCUCCUUCAUCAUGUGCACCUACUACAAUGUUGUGAUCACCUGGGCCCUUUACUAUCUCUUCAGCUCCUUCCAGGCACCGCUGCCCUGGCAGAACUGCAACAACACCUGGAACACACCUAACUGCACCAGUCACGCCACCAACAGCAGCUUUUCCUCCACAGCCAGCCAGGAGUUCUUCAAAUUUAAGAUGCUGGAGCAGACGAGUGGAGUGGAGGAGAGCGGCGUGUUGCGGUGGGAACUUUUCCUCAUCCUCCUCCUGGCUUGGAUCCUCAUUUACCUCUGCAUCUUCAAGGGGGUGAAAUCAACGGGCAAGGUGGUGUACUUCACGGCUCUGUUCCCGUAUGUUAUCCUGAUCGCCCUGCUUAUCAAUAAUGUGCAGCUUCCUGGAGCAUUAGAUGGAAUAACCUUCUUUAUCGUGCCAGAAUGGGACAAGCUGCUCUCAGUGGAGGUGUGGGUGAAUGCUGCAGCUCAGAUCUUUAACUCCAUUGGGAUUGGUUUUGGUUCCCUCUUGGCCAUGUCCAGCUACAACUCCUUCAAUAACAACGUUCUGAAGGACACCCUGACUAUAUCCAUCAUCAACUCCCUCACCAGUAUCCUGGCUGGCUUCGUCAUUUUCUCUGCUUUCGGAUACAUGUCUCAUCUGCAGGGCAUCCCUGUCCACGAUCUGGCUGUGGAUGGUCCAGGACUGGUUUACGUUGUUUACCCACAAGCCUUUGCCAACAUGCCAGUGGCUCAGCUCUGGGCUGUGAUGUUCUUCUUCAUGCUGCUGUGCCUCGGACUGGACAGUGAGUUUGCAAUGGUUGAAGUGAUGGUGACGAGUCUCAUGGAUGAAUUCUACCAACACCUGAUCACAUUUUUCAAGCGGAAGGAGCUGUUUGUUCUUGCUAUUUGUGGUGCAGCCUGCCUUUUAGGAAUUCCUUGUGUGAUGCAGGUGGGAAUCUACGUUUUCCAGCUGAUGGACCAUUACACCGCCAUAGUGUCCAUCAUGUUCCUGGCAUUCUUUGAGGUUAUAGCCAUCUGUUGGAGUUAUGGUGUGAACCGACUUUCAGACAACCUGGAGGAGAUGACUGGAAAAAGAGCAAAUAUCUUCUUCAGGCUGUGUUGGCUGAUAGUUGCUCCUGUGCUGAUCACUGUUAUCCUCAUUUUCUCCAUCAUCCAGUUCAGACCGGCCCGCUAUGGGGACUAUGUCUUCCCUCCCUGGGCUCAGGGGGUUGGGUGGGUCAUCGCCCUGGCCUCCAUCAUCUGGAUUCCUUUGGGUGCAAUUCACACAUUGUGGGUGCUGCCUGGCUCGUUCAUGCAGAAACUGAAGCUGUCUUUCACGCCGUACGGCCUGGAUAAGAUGACAAAAAUGCCGUAUUAUGAGAGGGAAGGAAAAGACAGAUGUCCAGUCAUCGCUGUCAUCAGCUCCAACAUGUGUCGACCUGAAAAACCUCCCGUUCAGACAAACCUCUGAUGGCCUACCUCUGUGCUCUGCACAACCAUUAUGUUCACCGUGUCACCAUUAGUGGCAGGUUUUUGGCGAGCUCAAGUUAAUCAGAAACGGUUUGCCAUCAGACUUAAGUCUUGAACAAACAAAAAGUAAAAAAAAAAA